UUUUAUUAUUUCGUUGGGUUCUUUACCUGCACUUUGCGUGCGCAUCUUACAAUUCCUCCAAAUUGAAAAUUUAAAGGUGGUUUACAGAUGUACCUAAUGCCAGUAUGACAGAUGUAGACCAUAUACCUGUGAAGGACACCAAUAUUGGUGGUCUGGAACAGAGGGCUGCCCAGCAAAGACGGAUGGUGAGCAAAUGGGAUAGAAGUGAGCUUGAAGAUAAAUACCUUCGUCUUUCCGAGGAAAACAUCAUUCUGAAAAAACAUGCCCGCAAACAGGAAGAUAAAAUUAAAAGGAUGGCAACAAAGUUGUUACGUCUGGUAAAUGAUAAAAAGAAAACUGCGGACACAGAAGGCCAUGUUGGAGGAGGGGGUGGUAAAAGAAUUAGAGAUGUAGAGACAGAAGAGAAAAUGGAAGAAUUACAAGAUAAGAUUAGAGACCUUGAAAAGCAGAAUCACCAAUACAGGGAAAAGUUAGUGCUUGCUAAGCAACAAUUAUCAUCAGCCAGUAAGCGGCCUCAACAGUACCCACACGCUACCUCCAGAAUAAACACUGGAAUCCAUAAAACAAUGCCAGAUACAAGACUAGCAAAGAAUAUGAGAGUUAUGGGACCUCCGCAUGAACAGAGAACAAGGGGAGGCCACCCUAGUCCAACAAUGCACAGACAAAAUCAUAGUGUAUUUGAAGACACAAGAAUAGAAAACCAGAAACUAGAGAACUUGGUUGCUCAGCAACAAGAACAAUUAAAUAUGUAUGAGCUAGAAAUGAGGCAGCUGAGAGAACAGGUACAUCUGAAAGAAAAAGAAUAUGAGGAAGAUUUAACAAAGAUAAAACAUCAAAUUACAGCUGAACAAAGGACAAAUGUUCAGGAAAAUAUUGACAUGAUAAAACUUCAGAGAGAAGUUAAAGAAAAAUCAACGAAGUUCCUCAUGUUACAAGAGAAAUAUAGCAUGUUAGAAGAGAAUUUACGAAGUGUAAAAAGAAGCCAUGACACAUUAUUGAUGGAAAUGGAGAAUAUAAACAUGCAGUAUAAGGAAGAACAGAACAGAAAUCUAGCUUUACAUAAUGAACUGAAACUUGGCUCUAGUAACCAACAUAAACUUAUUGAGAUGCAAGAACAGGUGAGCAGUUUAAACAAAGAGAUAGCUGUACUAAAAGAUGCCAAUGAAAAACUUGUUAGCAGUGCAUUUGAUAUGGAGAGAGAACGAGAGUGGAGGCAGAGAGAAAAUGCCCUCAAAGUUCAGAUAGCACAACUUGAGGCUACACUAAAAGCUGAUCUCGGGGAGAAGGGUGGAAUACUGGACAAACUGGCUAUUGAAAAAGAUCAGUAUGACACCAUGGCAGCAGAAUAUAGAGAAAUGCAGCUGAACCAUUACUCCUUAAAGGAGAAAUAUGAUGAUCUAGUAGAAAAAAUGAAAUUCUUUACAAAGGAGAGUGCUGUAGAUUUCACAGAAAUUGAGGAAGCAUUGGUGCUAGUUAAACAGAAGAAACAACAACUACAGGCGCAUCCUGAAUUCUUACAGAGAGUUGAUGAUGAGCUAGAUAAAGAUGCUCAGAGAAGGUUAUUAGAUUUACAAGCAGAAUAUGCUGAGACAGUACAUGAGCUGGAGAAAACACGUAACAUGCUUGUUGUACAACAUAAAAUAAACAAAGAUUAUCAACAAGAGGUUACCCUGGCAACUGGUAAGAUAGAUGAGGUAAAGAAGGAGUAUGAGUUGAGACUGGAUGAAUACGCUAGAAUGUUGGACAUGAGACAGGCUAGAAUUAAGAAAUUGGAGUCACAAUUGAGAGAUGUAGCUUAUGGAACAAAACAAUACAAGAUAAUGCCACCUACUGAUGAUAUGGAUGAUGAUGUAGUACAGUUUGAUGAGACAAUUCAUCUGGAGCGUGGUCAGAACUUGUUUGAGAUACAUGUUACCAAGUUAUCAUUAUCUUCCGAGGCCAUCCGUCUCCUUGGUGAUGAAGAACCAUCAUUGUUCUGUACCUGGGAAUUCUUUGAAUAUGAAAUACAGAGUACCCCAGUGAUGAGGGGCAGCAAUCCAGAAUUUGACUUCACUUCACAGUAUGUGGUGAAAGUGGAUGAUUUCUUCCUACACUAUCUACAAAAGGAAUCCUGUACAUUGGAGCUCCACCAAUCAUUUGGCCAGGAUUUUAACACUAUUGCAGCUUGUCAACUUGUUUUUCGAGAGAUAUUUGAUAAGACAUAUGGUCGUAUACACGGUACGGCCACAUUGACAGGUGUUACUGGUAAUGGUACAGGUAUUGGGUUUGGUACUGUAGAAUACUGGGUAAGACUGAGGGUACCUAUGGAUCAGGCUCUUAGACUAUAUAAGGAGAGAACAAAAGCUCUAGGAUAUAUGAGUACAAAUAUUCGGGCAGCAAACGAGAGUUUACAAGCUAUGGAUGAGGAGGCUGCUAGAAGACCACCAGAUAAUGUUAAUGAAUUACAUAUCAAAAUUACACGAUGUUCAGGACUUAAAGCUAGGAGAGAUAAUGUACAGCCGUCGCCAUAUUGUGUGUACCAGUUCUUUGACUACAAUGAUCAUGAUACAGUGAUAAUAAACAGCUCAAAUAAUCCAGAGUUUAACGACAUCAAGACAUACCCUGUACCAAUGACAGGCGAUCUGGAUCAAUAUCUGAAAACCAUGCCAUUGAAGAUAUUUGUGUUUGACGAUACAGAUCCUGAGCAGACGGCCUACCUGGGUAUAGCAGAUAUUCCAUUGAUACCAUUAGCUCAUGAUAAAGGUGUACAAGGUAUAUUUGAACUGAAGGCUGCUAACGGUAGAAUAAACGGCUGUAUUGAGGUGGAACUACGCUGGCAGUUUACAUACAUGCCACCUUCAGCAUUGAAAUCUACAGCUCAAAGACACGAGCAGAUGGAGGCAGCUCCACAUGAACCUCCUGAGAAACUCGUAGCCUUCCAAGAUGAGACUCAAGUUCAAACCCAGGCUGCUCCCAGACUGGCUGCCAGGUUCCCAGGUCCUUCAGCCACAUCAACACCAAUGCCAAAAUCCCAGGAAGAACCGAAACCACGGCAACCUAGACAACCUCCAAAGAGACAGUUGCUACCAUCAUCAAGCAGUGAGGCAGAGGAAGACAGUAUUGAACCUACCACGUUACAACGUGAUGCCACGGUACACGAGGCUGUGUCACGUGCCGUGUCUAACAUCAUGCCGUCUGGAAUGGAUACCAUGACAACACUAAACGAGACUCAAACACCAGGUUCACAUGAACAGAAAGGAACACUGGAUGAGACAUUAAAAUCUACGGUAAAGUCUGAUACCAUGUUUGGUGAUGAGGCCUCCAGAGAAUCUGUCACAGAGGAGAUAAGUGAAGACAUUUCACCAGAACCAAGUCAGCGUAGCACAUUUAGAGAUGAGGAGGUGCGGCCUGAGACAGAGGAGGAGGAGUCUGAAACUCCGCCCAUAGAAUCAGAUAGUGAGGGUCUAGUAAUGGCACCAAGACCGUCCAAACGUAAACAGAAACCAGAGUCCAAACCUGGUAACUCUGUGACUGUUGCCAUCAACCAUGUGUCACUAGAGGAAGACGCUGACGCCAUGAACAACCCGAGUAUACGUCAGUUAUUUGUAGAGUAUAAAUUUCUCGGUAUUGACCCACAAGAGACCGAGACACCAUUCUCACUGCCAAAACCUAAACCAUAUCAUAAUAUACAGUUUAACUUCAGUAAAACAUUCCAUGUAGAUUUUGAGAAGAAUUAUCAGAGAAGACAGUACCUAGCCAGUAUGUUGUUACCCUCAGAUCCUGAUGAUGGAAGUGUCAAUGAGCACAACUUAAUCCGGUUUACAUUAGUGAGUGAGCCACCUGAAGAUGAACAAGACGGUGACUGUGAGGAUGUUGGUGUUGCUCUCGUAAAUGUUCGAGAUAUUCUACGUAAUAGAAAAGAUGUUGUUGAGGAAGAUAUAGACAUUUUGGAUGUUGCAGAUGAGAAGACAGUUAUUGGCAGUAUGAAUCUGACAGUACAAUGUCUUAAUGCACUUGAU